GAAGGGGUUGCUGGGCUCUGGUGGCAACUUUGCGGGUGCCUCAGCUAGACUCGGGUAUCCCCCGCUGGAGAAGGCGGGCUUUUGUUCUGCUCUCUAUCUGGAAUUCUCCACCUGUUUGCCAUGAGUAGCGAGUUCCUGGCGGAGUUGCACUGGGAGAAUGGGUUUGCCCUCCCAGUGGCGAAUGAGGGGAACAAAAUGCUGGAAGAUCAGUUAUCAAAGCUGCAGAAUGAAAAAUCAAACAUGCAAGAUCAGCUAUGUGACUAUGAAGAUCGAAUUACUGCUAUGAAUUCUCAUUUCAAAAAUGUUCAGCAAGAAUUAUCAUUUACACAGUCUCUUUACAAAGCAAGGGAGAAUGAGAUUGAAAGUGAAGAACAUUUUAAGGCCAUCGCCGAAAGAGAGCUAGGACGAGUGAAGAGUGAAAUACGACGACUAGAAAAUGAGAUAGCUUCCAUACGCGAGCGGAAAACUGACAAGGAAAAUGGCAUAUUUAAAGCUACUCAAAAAUUGGAUGGUUUGAAGUGUCAAAUGAACUGGGAUCAGCAAGCAUUGGAGGCUUGGUUAGAAGAAUCAGCUCAUAAAGACAGUGAUGCUCUCACUCUUCAGAAAUAUGCACAACAAGAUGAUAAUAAAAUUAGGGCACUGACCCUGAAGUUAGAAAGACUGACCCUGGAAUAUAAUCAGAAAAGAAAGGUUCUUGACAACGAACUUACAGAGACUCUAAGUGCCCAGCUAGAAUUGGAUAAAGCGGCACAAGAUUUUCGUAAGAUUCAUAAUGAAAGACAAGAACUCAUUGAACAGUGGGAGAACACAAUAGAGCAGAUGCAGAAGAGGGACCGAGACAUAGAUGACUGUGCCCUGGCAUUGACAAGGGUAAAACAGGAAACACGAGAAAAAGAAAGUUUGGUUAAAGAGAAGAUGAAGUUUUUGGAAAAUGAGAUUGGGAAUAACACAGAGUAUGAGAAAAGAAUUUCUACUGCUGAUCGUAAAGUUUUAAAAUGUAGAACAGAAUAUCAAAAUCAUGAAACCAGUAGAAGUCAGCUGAAGGAUGAGCUGGAUUCUUUAAAAGCCACUGUGAAUAGAACUUCCAGUGACUUAGAAGCUUUGAGGAAAAAUAUUUCCAAAAUAAAGAAGGACAGUCAUGAAGAAAGACAAAGGUUACAAAAAUUGAAAAAUCAUAAUCAGAUCAUUAGAAAAAAAUUGAAUCAGAUAACUGAGAAAACCAUGUCUGUGGAAGAGAAAGCCACCAAUCUGGAAGAUAUGCUAAAGGAAGAGGAAAAGAGUGCAAAGGAAGUGGAAGUUCAGUUGAACAUAGUGAAAGAGGUGUUUUUCAAGAAAGUUCAGGAGUUACAGACUGAGAAAAUGAAAGAAAAAGCUCUUGUAUCAGAAAUUGAAGGAACCCGUUCCACUCUGAAGCAUCUCAACAAUCAGUUACAUAAACUGGAUUUUGAAACCUUAAAACAGCAAGAAAUUAUGUACAGUCAGGACUUUUACGUUCAACAAGUGGAACGAAGAAUGUCACGAUUAAAAGGAGAAAUUAAUUCAGAGGAAAAACAAGCCCUGGAAGCAAAAAUUGUUGAACUUAAGAAGUCACUGGAAGAGAAAAAGUCUACAUUUGACCUUUUGGAAACACAGAUCAAGAAACUUCAUAAUGAUCUUUACUUUAUCAAGAAGUCAAAUAGUAAAAGUUGUGAUGAAAAACAGUCCCUUCUGACUAAAGUGAAUGAAUUAAACCUUUUUAUCGACAGCUCAGAGAAAGAACUUAAUAAAGCCAAAGCUUUUAAACAGGAUUUGAUGAUAGAGGACAACCUUUUAAAACUUGAGGUUAAACGCACUCGAGAAAUGCUUCACAGUAAAGCAGAAGAAGUUCUUUCCUUGGAAAAGAGAAAACAGCAGUUACUUACGGCUAUGGAAGAACGAACGGAAGAAAUUAAGGUUCACAAAACGAUGCUUGCCUCACAGAUAAGAUUUGUUGAUCAAGAACGGCAAAACAUAAGUGGUGAGUUCCAUGAACGACUCAGCAAAAUUGAUAAGCUGAAAAACAGGUAUGAAAUUGUCACUGUGGUUAUGCUGCCUCCUGAAGGAGAAGAGGAGAAAACGCACGCCUAUUAUGUGAUAAAGGCUGCUCAAGAAAGAGAAGAACUUCAAAGGGAAGGCGACAGUUUGGAUGCGAAGAUCAACAAAGCUGAAAAAGAAAUCUAUGCUCUCGGAAACACCUUGCAAGUGCUGAACAGCUGCAACAGAAAUUACAAACAAUCUUUUAAAAAAGUGACUCCAUCUAGUGAUGAGUAUCAGAUAAAAAUUCAACUAGAAGAACAAAGAAGAGCUGCUGAUGAAAAAUACAGAUAUAAACAGAGACAAAUCAGAGAACUUCAAGAAGAUAUCCAGAGCAUGGAAAACACUUUACAACUUACAGAACAUUUAGCAAAUAAUGUCAAAGAAAAGUUAUCAGAGAAGCAAGUUUUUGCAUCUCAACUACACAGAGAAACUGAGGAGCAGAAGCCAAAACUAGAGAGAGUGACUAAACAGUGUGAAAGACUCACAAAAGAUAUCCGUCUUCUGAAACACACAAAAGAAGAAACACCAGAAGAACAAGACAUUAAACUUCGUGAAGUGAAACAAUUUCAUAAGGUCAUCGAUGCAAUGCUAGCUGACUGUAUAGGAGAGAAUGCCGAGGUCCAUCUUAUCCUUCAAACAUACUUUAAGCAGAACGGAUUAGAGCUGCCUAUCGUUAGCUCUAAAGGCAGCCACCAGAGUUCUGCAUCUUCUUCUUCACAGGCUUCCCUGGUAUCUCUAAGGUCCUCUAAGAGUAGCGUAAAUGUUUCUGCUUCUCAGGCUUCCAUUAAAGUCCUCGAGCUCCGCCUCCCAGACUCUUCCCCAGGAGGCACUAGUUCUAGGCCAGUCAGUGCGAGCACUAGUUCUACUGAUAUGAAAAGCAACAAGAGCGGCAAAUAAACAUUACUUUUUUGAACAAGUUUUAAACACAAACACAAAAAUCUCCUACCUAAUACUAAGUCCCAUCUGACUUUUGAGCUCCAUAUAACAAUAGAGGCCUACUGAAUAGGGUCAGAAAUACAAGAUGAUCAAAGGUUUUAUUCAGUAGAAAAUGUAAAAACUGUUGCUUUUAAGGUAAUUUUCUUAGUUCCCUACUAUUUUAUUUUUAGAGAAGGAAGAUAAUAGCAGAUUCUUAAUAAAGCUACAAAGUAUAUAAGCAUGGGGCAAAUAGUGUUUUUCAUUGCAAUUUUCAUGUUUGUAAUGUUAGAAUAUACUACACGCUUCUAAGGUAACAGAAUCUGAGGAAGAAAUUUCUGAAGAUUCACUGCAUAUUACAAUAAGAAAAUUUGUAUUUAUUUUAUAAGAUACCCAAAUUAGACUUUCUUUAUGCAAAGAAAUUUAUUUCUCAGACAGUUUUUGGGAAAAAAAAAAAAUCUGUUAAAGGCAGUUUCUUCUUUUGGUAUAAUUUUUAAUUAAAAAAGAGUAUUAACUCCCCCCCUGAAGAAAACUGGUAAGAGAAAUACAGCUUAGUAAAAAAAAAGAAAAUACAGCUUAAAUUUCUAAGAAUUAUUCUACUCUGCCCUUGCAAGAAAUCAAACAUAUUAAAGAUUUUGCUUUAAAAUAAGCCAACUAAUUAUAUUUUUUGAGAUUCCCUUAAUAAACAAUUUAAAGAAAGCUAGCUAUGAUUUGCCAUUAGAAUUCUACAGAUUUAUCCUGGAGACAGGUCACCAGAUUUAGAAUUAGUUUAUCCAGUUAAUACUUUGUGCCCAGCACUGUGAACUUUUGGAACAGAGUAUGACAUACCAAGAGAUUUCAAACACAUGUACUAGAAUUUAAGCACAUCCUUCAAACCUUGAAAAAAAUUCAGCGUGAAUGUUAUUGUCUUAGCCAUUAUUCACAAAUCCUUCUCAAAAGCAGUAAUGUUAGUAAAUCUCUCCUGAUUUCUUGUUUUGUUUUAGAAAUAGCUUACAAAAUACAGUAUUUAAAUCCACAAAUUAAGAUGGGUAAAAAGCUGGGUAACUUUUUGGCUGAAACGUUGCUCUAAGCAUGAGAUUCAUUUAGAAGUUCUAAAACCUGAUUAUUAUAUAGUCAUUUUGUUCAGCUAAAUUCUUAUUCUCAGUUAUGUAUAAGUUUGUAAAUUACCUGGAACUCAAAACAUAAAAUGUAUUCUUGAAGUCAA